GGUGACGUUUCCUUCGGAGUCACAUGACUCUUUACAGUAAGUCCAACAUGGCAGACGGAGUGGAUCUUACGCGGUAACUAAAGCAACAUUUCAGCUGGAACAGACUAAUUCAACACUACUCUGCAACAAGACAUCAACAAUGCGGGAGAGACAGAAGAAAAAGAAGGGGAGGACGUGGGCGGAAGCCGCUAAAACGGUUUUGGAGAAAUACCCUAAUACGCCCAUGAGCCAUAAAGAGAUCUUGCAGGUGAUCCAAAGAGAAAGGCUUAAGGAAAUAAGAAGUGGAACCUCGCCGCUGGCAUGUCUGAACGCAAUGCUGCACACAAACUCUCGUGGUGAGGAGGGGAUCUUCUACAAAGUUCCAGGCAGAAUGGGGGUCUACACAUUAAAGAAGGACUUCUCAGUUGAGGCGAACAAGCUGUCUGAGGAGGGUUCUGAGGAGAGCAGUGACAAUCUCUCUGACUCCCAAAGCACAGAAAACAACAGCAGUGCCAUCGCAGGAGAGGGCAGGAGAGGAAGGUGGAUGCGAAGAGUUCCCUCCAUGCUGCAGUCACAGCCGUCCUCUCCGCAGCCUCGAUGCUCGUCGCCUUCUGUCCCCACCGGUAAACUCAUCUCUCCGUCGCAGAAACACAGCAAGAAAGCUUUGAAACAGGCCUUGAAGCAGCAGCAACAGAGAAACCAGCGCAGACAGGGGGGAAUGCCAACCACCUCCAGUCCUAGACUGCUUCUGAAAACCAUCAAAGAUAUGGCUGACAACAUUACUACAAAGACUGACUUAUGCCACCCAGUUGUUCCCAGGAAGGGUUCUCAGAGGUCAGGCCGCCUUAAUGCAGGGCAGCUGAAACGUACCAAGUGUAAUAUAGAUGUGGAAACACCAGACUCCAUUUUGGUUAACACUAACUUGCGGGCGAUCAUCAACAAGCACACCUUCUCAGUCCUGCCCCCAGACUGCCAACAGAGACUGCUCAAACUUCUGCCUGAAGUUGACCGGCAGGCUUGCAUGGACGGUCUUCUGAAGGUGACUAGUUCUGCUUUGAACAAUGAGUUCUUCACAUCAGCAGCUCAGUCUUGGAAGGAGAGACUGUCUGAGGGGGAAUUCACUCCUGAGUUGCAGCUACGAAUGCGCCAAGAAAUAGAGAAGGAAAAGAGAGUAGAGCACUGGAAGGAGGCCUUCUUUGAAAACUAUUAUGGUGAAAAUUCUGGGCUCAGCUUUGGGGAAUCCAAAGAGCUGACAAAGGCUGAUGUGAAUCAGGAGUCUGCCAGGCCCCAGUCCCCCCCUCAUCAGACAGGACCUGCCGCUCAAGCACCAGAGGAUCCCAAGGGCUCCAAGGACAGCAGCCAGACUGAUGCUGCGACCGUUGUGAAAGACAUGAAGCCAACAAAGGAGAGCCAACACAGAGAGCCAGUCUCCAUCACAGAGCCCAUGAAGACACGGCGCUCACAGUACGCUGAGGAUCGUAAGUUGAACGCAACAGCACAGUCUGGGCCAACACCUGCAGUGAAAACACUAGAGGUUGAGAGGCCGACUGAACGGGCCCCAGUAGGUACACUGCCUGAAAAGGAGCAUAAAGAGGAAGUGAAGGAGGAGAAAACUGAACUCCCCCAGUCGCCUGUGAAGAAGAGCGGCCCACAAAAGGAUAGUUCAGAGCUAAAAGAGAAUCAGCCGGUGUCUGUGGUUAAGCCCGCUGAGGAGAGCAAAGAGGUCAACCCUGAGCCCAGUGGCCCCUCAGAGCCGCUGAAAAGGAAAUCUCUCAGUGAGAUUGGAGAUGAAUUGACACCAGAGAAAAGGCCCCGUAUGUCCUCCGUUUCCUCAGUGUCCUCAGUCUCCUCUGUAUCUCCUCCAGCGUCAUCUGUAUCCAGCCCUGCUACACCAACUUCAACAACAAAUCAGAGGGUUCCACCACUCAAGAUCCCAGUGUCACGGAUUCUUCCCAUUCCUUUGUCACCUAGCCAAGUCUCACCCAGGACUCCCCUCCCGGCCCCACUUAGCAGUCCAGGCCGUACUGGUGCGCGCACUUUGGCUGACAUCAAAGCCAAAGCUCAGCUUGCCCGAGCGCAGCGAGCAGCGGCUGCCGCAGUAUCAUCUGCGUCGAAGGGAGCGGUGCCAGGCCCAGGGCCAGGGGGAGGCAGUGGUGAGCAGACACAGCCCUCGCCCAGCCCCAGCCCAACAUCCCCACAGGCAUCAACCAGGUUACCAGCCUCCAGCAGCAGUGGUCAGACCAGUACUCCUCCUUCUCGCCCACUGGACUCUUUUGGCCAGUUAAGCCCAAACCGGUUUCAAACAUCUUACUCAUGCAAAACUGACGAUAAAAACAAAGGUCAUUCUGCUGGUACUGUCAGUGCGCCCGACAGCAUUCAAAUGCAACCCACUCUGCCAUCUGUGCACGCUCUGAUGGGACAGGAAAGCCCAUCACUUGCUAUCUCAUCAACCAAGACCAGCUCCUGUAUCCCUGCAAAUAACCCGCUGGUCACUCAGCUUCUGCAGGGUAAAGAGGUUCCAUUGGAGCAGAUCCUCCCAAAACCGCUAUCCAAGGUGGAAGUGAAGAUGUCAAACGUACCCUCUGGUAGUAAGGGGAAGACACCACACUCUGCUGAGCACAGGUCUGAUAAGCAGAUGUCCCACCAGUUCAAUACAGCAGGACACACAGAAGUUUUCUCAGAAUACCCGAGACAUCACAGGGAACUUCCUGAUGAGGAGACUCAAGAGCAGAUCCUGCAGGCUCUGAUGCAGAGGAAAGGCCAGCAGAGCCAGCCUUAUGGUGGUCUGGGGCCUCAGCACCCUCAGUACAAAGUAUAUCAGCUAGUGCAUGCAGAAGAGCAUCAGGACCAAUCCAGGAUUUCGGUAGGAUUUCUGGGUCGUAAGAGGAUGCCAAGGCCUGCCAUGACGGGACAUUACCUGCUUAAUGUGUCCACAUAUGGCCGAGGACCAGAGAGCAAGAGACUGUACCAGUCUGUCAUCCCAAACACGUCUAUAUCCAAUUUAAAAAGGGAAAGCACAGAAGGAGAGGAGGUGGCCAAGGAAGAAGAACCAGCCAGCAAAUGCUUUUUUCCUGCUUCUGGGGUAAAAACAGAGCAGCAUGGAUACUCAGUAACCAAGUCUGAUGAAGCAGCGAGCAUUCAGCAUUGCUCCAAUGUAAAGACGGAGCCUGGAUCAGAGGAUAGUGCAGUCGGUGCCGAUAACAACAGCACCAGUGUGACAGCCAAAGAAGACACCAGCCCUUUUUCUCAGUCACAACGAAGGCACCUCGAACUCUGCAAUAGUAACCAAGGAAACUCCGAGCCAUAUCUUACCCAAGUGGACCCCAGUCACCAGCGGCAGUCGGCCUUUCAAACCCAGAGAACACUCGAUAAUCAGGAAGUCAUGGCAGCAUCGUGCUACGGUGGCACUAUCAGCAUGUCUGUACCUAACACUUUGAACCGCAGCAGUGCAGGCAUCUGCUCUCCCACAGCCUCAUCAGAGGCUGGCGGUGUCCACGGGAGCGUCAUGUCUUUCUCAGUGACCGUCACCACUAUACCUGCCGGUCACUCGUUAGACCACAGCAACCAGGGCGAUCCCUCACCUGAGCAGUCGUUAAUCGAAGGCUCCAACAUGGAGGACGUCCAGUCUAAAUGCUACUGCAGACUGAAGGCGAUGAUCAUGUGCAAAGGAUGUGGAGCCUUUUGCCACGAUGACUGCAUCGGCCCCUCGAAACUCUGCGUGUCAUGUUUAGUUGUACGAUGAUAUGAAAUGAAUAAUAAUUAGAAGAUACAGUAUCGUGGUUUGAUUUGUACUGAAGCAAGACCCAAAGCAGAAGCAGGUCAUUCAGAAUCAAUACAAAAUCACUGCUGGGGCACAUUAGCCACACUCCAGACAAAACAACCAGCAUGUGGUUGCUGUUGGAAAGACAAGGAUUUACACUGGAUGGUCUUUUGUUUCACCAACAUCUAUGAAAAGUUGUUUCGUGCAAUUGUUUUGGUAGAAAUGUCAAUCAGUUGUCAAUCAAAUCAGUAGUCUGUCAGAUAUGUGACAAAUAUAAAAUCUGGCAAUGUUUGCACUCGGCUAGGAUUAGUGUGAUAUAUUUUUUAAAAUAUAUAUGUGUAGUUUUUAAAAAAGGAGGGAAAAUGAAUGUUGCUAUUUUUGUAGAACAUAAUGACUUUUGUGUUAAGACUGACACAUUUUAUUAUUGGGCCUAAUCAGUUAUGGUUUAAAGGCUAAAAAAAAAAGGGCGCUAAUGAUAAUCAUUGGUUGAAGAGUACCUCCUGGCAUUUAUGCACGCAUGGCAGGGAAGUGCAACUCACAGUAACUAUUUUAUAUAAAAACUGUACAUUUAUUAUUGAAUACACUCAGAUUUAAGAACUAGAAAGAACAUGUAUAGUUUUAGAAAGAGUAUAUGAAAUGUACUUAAAAACCACCUGGAUAUAUGGUAGUAGUUGUGUACAGCACUUACAUCUAAACAUAGGGAAAAAGAAGAAUCCUUUCUUUCGGCAAGGUCUAGAGUCACUUCCUACUGUGUGAACCUUCAUUUUCUCCCCAAAAAAAGCCAGUUUGUAGAUAUUGUCUCCCGUGAGGUGGGUUUUCUCAUGCCUGUACGUCUCUAUAGAUAGAUCAGAAGUGGCAAACAGUAAAAAACAAACAAACAAAAAAACACUCAAGGCAAGGGGAGAAAAUGAAGAUCAUUUGUUUUUUCACUGUAAAUAUUUCCUCAUUUACAGUAUAUGCCUAGAUGUAGAAAUGUAUUUUUAUUUUAUUCGUGCAGCAUACAUUGCCUGAGCAUAUCUUGUUUAUUACAAAAUCAUUUUUACCGUGGAAAGAAAAUGGAGAACAGUACGUUAUGCUAAAACGCUAAAUGCUUUAUCAUAGAAUGAUUCAGCAUAGCAUGCUUGAGUUUUACAAAAUGAUUAAGAGGUACAAUAUGACAGUGAUUAACAGGCGGGUGUAACAUUUCACUUUAAAAUGGCCUUUUUCCCGAGAAUUGAGAGAGUUACCCUCCAUUUUAAUGUGGUAUGAGGUAUUGUAAGGACAACAUAAUACUGGAUCGUGUUUAUAUAAUGUACAAUAAUGUAUGUGUGUGAUGUACAAGGAUGAACCAGCACUUUUGUUACCGUGUUGUAACAGCCUUUUAGCUGCAUUACAAUGAUGUUAACACAGUACAAAUGCUUACUUUACCACAUAUUAAUGUGCAAAAAGGCCAGUGUCAAGCGUUACCUCAGCAGGUUUUUCAGGUGUUCAUGCUGAUUACAAAUUAAGACGCAUCAACUUUAUUUUGAAAUCUCCUCGAGGUGAAAAGAAGACCUGUUUUAUAGCAAUUAUUUCCAAGGUAAUAUGCCAAAGUCACCUUUUAAAAAAAACAACUAAAUAAUCACAACUUGUUUUUAAUGUCUGACUAGUUAAUCAAAGUAAUAUAUUUUAAUUAAUAUAUUUUAAUAUAAAAAAAUCUAUUUGCUAAUUGUUUUUGAAAAUCAACAGGGUAUUUACUAUAAUAAUAUAUUGGCUGUCCGUUUUUCCUAUAAUUUUGUUUAGACUGGACAGACCACCAUACAUGUCUUUUAUGACUCAAAUUGCCCAGGUAUCAAUAUUCUGUAUGGCCCAGUUUUUUCCCUCAAUGGAUCUGUUGGUCUAUAUUUUUCCAUAGAGAUGUUGUCUAAUGUUUGUACCCUUUUAGCUGUCUACAUGUGUCAUUACCUUAUAAAAACAAAAAUAUAUGUUUUUAAAGCACCAUUUUUAGGUUAGUGGAUUAAUCAAAGUCCAUUUUAAAUGUAUUUGUUAUUAAAUGGGGGACUAUGUCUUGUGGAACAUUGGUUUUAAAGAUUGUGAGGUUAGAAUCAGGACAGUUUUCCACAUAUUUAGCAUAGUCAUUUCCCUAGAAAUGGUGUAACAGUAUUUGAUUAACACAAAUUUAAUUUAUCCCCCAUACAUAUUUAGGUCUUAUUUGGUUGAAUGUGAUGUUACGAUGUUGUAUUUACUCAUGUAGUGUUGGGGACUGGAUUGCACUGCAAAAACAAUCAACCCAAAAGGCAGCUGAAAUCUUUGUUAAUAAGGACUGAAACGUGAAUCAGGCAGCCAUCCCCAGUGUCAUUGAAGUUACUUGUUGUGUGUGCACACAGAAGAGCAGUUCAUAUAGAAUUGGCCGGAAAGUGUCAUGGGCAAUCACCACCAUUUUGAAAUGUCACGUUUAACCCGCGGUGAAUUUGUUUAAUAUGUCUGUGUCAUUUUGUCUCCAUUUAAACUCCGGGUGAAUGUAAUAUAGUAAUCAGCACUUGUAAACAAAGUGUAUUUUAUCAGAAGUUAUAGACUAUUAUGAAUAAAUAAUGAAAAGAAAA